AUGGGCGGGCGGUUGAGCUUCGCGAUUGGAAACUCGCAGUCAGUGGACGUGUACUGCCUCGGGACUCGUGCAUUGCUGCAGAUUAAGAAGGGGUGUGUCGGGUGUCAACACUGCACGCCGCCGCUCAUUUUCCACCGCCAUCUGCAAUACGUGUCGUACCCAUACGUUACUAACACGCCAUGGGGUGAAAGGGUGACAUUUUUGUCCAACCCGAACUCGGACUUAGUCGCGAAGCCUCUUCAUGUCAGCCUUUUCAUGAUGGGACAUGCUUGGGAACUGGAAAAUGAAAACGAGCUAACCAAAUGAUAAUCUGCACGUAGUAAUUUUAGUGCAUCAUCCGAAACUCGGUAAUUACUCAACAGCCUCAUUGGCAGCCAAAAGAGUAGUUUCGCUUUCGCCACUGGAUCAUUCUCGGUUCUUCUGGUUGAUGCCUCAUAAGGUUGCAUUAUGGAUUUAUUGGCAUGUAAGAAGAACUCACUUGAUGGUUAUGCUAUCAUGGGAAACGUGUAUAAUAGAGCUAUCCCAGGAACACAUCACAAAAUAUUUCUGGCAAGUUGGAGGAGCACGUGAAGGUUUCAUUUGGUUCAUCAUGGAAAGAAGUGUUGUGCGGAAAACAUUUAGAAGAGGGAAAUCUCAGCGUUAAUGUCAUUGGAACUUCUCAGGUGGAUGCUUUUAUUUGUUUCAACUUUUCUUUUUUUUUGUCAAUGUAAUAAGAGUUCUAAGUUCAUUAAAAAAAAUUAUAUGUGUGAAGUAGUGUCUGAGUUUGCAAAUAUAGAUAUAUUAUGGAGAUUUGUCUUCUGACACUAUUUAAGAAUGCAAUAAUGUUUAUGCUUAUAUGCUUGUAUUUGUAGAUGACAUUUCUUUCAUGUUGUUAAUUAACCAAAUACAGAUCAUAUAGGAAAUUGU